UGCUUCAAGAAUAUUUUCCGGGUGCAUCGGCAGUUGUGUGGCUUACGGAGGCUCCUGAGUAGGCAGCAAAUUCAUUGGCGGCAUUUUGGGACGGGAUUGUGUCAGAUAGGGUCAUUUCCGUGCAAGUGCUCUUCUGUUGUUUUGAUGUGGAAUUUGCCCCAUAUUUGGUAGCUCCGUCCAAGCUCCCAAUUUCCUGCACUGGAAAUCUGAUGCAACAAGCAAGUGCUGAAACGCCGUGUUGUGGUGUCUACAGCUGAAGGAGCAGCCUUACAUUAUGGUGUUUUGGCACCAAGAGCCAUAGGAGGUUCUGAGCUCCGCUGGAAGCUGCGCCUCGUCGCCGUCAUGUCGCUGGCCAAGUCUGGCGGGCGCGGCGCGCUGAUCGUGCUGGAGGGCAUCGACAAGGCGGGCAAGUCGACGCAGGCGCGCCGCCUGGUGGAGGCGCUGGCGGCGCGCGGCCGGCCGGCCCACCUGCUGCGCUUCCCCGAGCGCAGCACGCGCAUCGGCCAGCUCAUCAACGAGUACCUGUCCGGCGGCGGCGGCGGCGGCGACGACCGCGCCGCGGACGACCGGCCCAUCCACCUGCUCUUCUCCGCCAACCGGUGGGAGCUGCUGCCGCGCAUGCGCCGCCUGCUGGCUGAGGGCGUGUCGUUGGUGGUUGAUCGAUACGCGUUCUCGGGCGCCGCAUACAGCGCUGCCAAGCCGGGCCUCACGCUGGACUGGUGCCGCCAGCCGGACGUCGGCCUGCCGCAGCCCGACCUGGUGCUCUACCUGGACCUGGCGCCGGCCGAGGCAGCGCGCCGCGCCGGCUUCGGCGCCGAGCGCUACGAGACGCACGACUUCCAGUCGCGCGUGGCCGACAACUACGCCCAGCUGUGGGCGUCUUACUGGCGGCGCGUGGAUGCCGCCCGCGAGCCAGACCUCGUGUUCAGCGACCUGCUGCGCCUGGCCGAGGAGUGCAUGGACAGCGAGCGACUUGCCGAGCCGCCCCAGCUCUGGGCAGAUAGCGAAGCGCCCGCGCAAGAUCAACCCGCGUAGCGCAAUCACGUGGUGUCACCUCGUGGCCAUACACGCUAUACGGUGAUCGUUUUGUGAGGAUCAGUUUGCCAAAGCCUGUAGCCGUUGCCUACGAUGCCCGGGUGUGCGUUUCGGUAAUAUUUUCGAUGGGGAUUUCACCUGUCAUGUGGAUGCGACACUCCCGCCGCGCUGCUCAGCAUGCCAGCAGCUUGGGAUUGUCCUGGAGGCAGUCCCAGGUGGCGGAGCUGGUUGUGGCCUGUAGCGUUGUAUUUGGUGCUAAACGGCGUCGUUAUCACCACUUUUGUGCAUUACACAGGGUUUGAAUA